UGAAAAAGUGCGUUUGGCAGAUUUGUGAAGAAAAACAAUGCUACCAUUCAAUUUCUGAGCGGACCGAAGAUUUUAAACCUUUAUUAGACAAAUAAGUUUUUUUACGUGUUUUGUGGGCGUUCAUUAUUGAGAACGGUCCAGGAGAGCCGAGUUAUUUACUUUUAGCAGGCGGUCAAGAGCAUCUUUGUUACCGUAUUUCUCGGUUUAGCUCUUUUGUAGAAUGCUCAAUGUUUUAUCACCUUGUGGUUAUCUCCGUGCGACAUAACAUCUUUGCCAUAUGCUGGGGUUGUCAUGUCCCAUCCUCGCUUCGCUCCGUAUCUCUCAUAGUGACCCAAAAUCGGGAUGCAGCGCACGGCGUGGAGAUUUUCCCUCUUAUGGUAAGAAAUGACCCUCGCCACUACGUUCUAGGACAUACCUCCACAACUUGUGUCGUGCUUGCUCGUGGGGCCUUAACACACUUGUUACGCCAUGCUAUCAGAGCGCAAAGCACAAUUACCUCAAAAGCACAAUCGCAAUAUCCGUGAACGAACUCGUUUCGUAAACACUGACACGAAGAUAAAUAAUUGAUCGGUGCCAUAACUUCAGAACUCAUGUGGAAGAGUCGGUCUCCAAAUUACACAAUCUCACUGUUUCUGAAAGAAAAUCGCACUCGCCCUUCAAAAAUUGAGUAGCCUUUUCUUUGCUAUUGCAGAACAAGACCAUGAAUCUUUUACUACGUCCAUAGCGUGUGCAAAAUCGAGACACCUUUGGUGCCACGUCUGGGAGGAACAUAACGAGCACAAAAUUUUUGAACCCCAACAUGUCCACAAAAAACGAUGAUACGAUCUCGCCGCUCGCAACGCCCUCGCUAACAAAACGCAUACUCUCGAACAUCAAAGAGUACCGGGGGCGUAACAUCAAAAAGGGCGCCAAUGAAGUGACCAAGAUGAUCAACAGGGGGAAGGCUAUGCUGGUUGUGCUGGCGGCCGAUUGCAAUCCUAUUGAGAUAAUUCAGCACAUACCCGUGCUGUGCAAUGAUAAGGAUGUGUCGUACAUUUAUAUAGAGUCUGGGGAGGCGUUGGGCCGUGCGUGUGGUGUGGAGAGAGGCAUAGCGGCAGCUACGUUUUAUUACGACAGUGAUGAGGCGUACGAUAGGAUGAGAGCCAAUGUGGGAGGUAUUAUCAAUGAUAUUAGAACAUGAUGGGACCAGAGUGGUGUGGGAAGAUGAAUAAACGUACUUUUAGUGAAAAACAGAAUCGGUGCAUGGUGAUGAUUAAAUAUUCUACGGUACGGCAGAUUGCAUAUUCUGACAGCUGACGAGCAAUAUUUGCAUUUUUACACCUGGCAUCUAAGUCUGGUUGAGGAAU